AUGGCUCUGGAUCCAUCCAUGCAGCAAGUGGUGGAGGUGGCUCUGAAUAUUUUACCCACGACGCUACUAACACCCGAUGAAAUCUUAGACCAAAUUGCAGACUACGUGCGGGCCAAACGAAAUAUUGCCCUCGAUAGAGUGGCGUUCGAAGAAUGCCACCAAUCCAACACGGAAUCUUUUGAAGAUUUUUACAUCCGGCUGCGGAGGUUAGCAGACGCGGCAGAUAUCUGCGCAACUUGUGUCGACGCUCGAGUGGCCACCCGGAUUAUGGCGGGAAUCCGCGACACAGAAACGAAAAGGAAACUUCUAGCACUUCCACCAUUCCCUUCAGCUCAACAGGCGAUCAAUAUGUGUAGGAGCGAGGAAGCGGCGAGGAUGAAUGAACGUUCUUUAAGCAAUCAGUCGUCAAUCAACCACGUGCGUUCACACCAGCGUAACGACGCAACUGCAGCAUCGUGUGGCUCAUGCGGUCGCAACAUUCAUCGCCCCGGAGAAGCUUGUCCGGCAACCGGAAAAACAUGUCAUAAUUGCGGAGGAAGUAAUCAUUUUUCCCCGCGCUGUCCAAAACCCCGGAGAAGUAGUAAUACAGGCCAGAGUGGAGGCGGCACCGGCAAGAGUGAGGGGGCGCAACCUGGUUCCGGUGGUAGCAGCACGGGCGGAUUCCCAUCUGGACCACGUACGAAAGGAAAAAUCGACCGAAUCGUUGUCGGAUCGAUCCGGAAUCCUCGUCGAUGGCGGCGGGCACCCACCGUUUCUCUCCGCGUCUUAGACGACAAAGGCCAGUUCCUUUCGACCAUCGACAAAGUCAUACCGGAUGGCGGAGCGGAAGUGUCUAUCGGCGGCCUAGAUAUUUUAACGGCUAUUGGUAUGACAGAGAAGGACUUAGACACAUCAUCAUUCGACUUGGUAAUGGCCGAUAAAACGACGCCACUACUUGUGAUCGGGCAGGUCACCAUUGUGACGGAAUAUGAAGGCACUACCACCACUCUUACCAUAGUCAUCAGUCCAGAAAUAUCGGGCCUAUUAAUCUCUUGGUAUGACUGCAUAUCACUCGGUAUUUUACACGCCGACUAUCCUAAGCCGGUCCGCUACGCCCACAUCAACUCCACGCCAGUGAAGGAGUCACACCAGGAGGCAGCACCACCGUCGUCCAUUCCGGAAUCGAUCGCGGGCGAUCCAACGGAAGAACAGAAGAACCGCAUGGAACAGGCUUUCCUCGAGGAAUUUUCGGAUGUGUUCGAUCAAAACGAGGAGCUCGGCUGCAUGGAAGGCCCACCGAUGGUCAUCACGCUAAAAGAUGACGCGGUGCCUUAUUAUGUUAAUGGCGCACGGCCCAUUCCGUUUGCCGACCGCCCACAAUUCAAGAAAAAGCUUGAUGAAUUAGUGGACAAGAAAAUCAUCAUCCCCGUCACCGAACCGUCCGACUGGGUGGCACCACUGGUCGUGAUGCGUAAACCGGAUUCAUCUAUACGUGUGUGCAUGGACCUCACUAAACUCAACCAUCAUGUCCAAAGACCCACUCAUCCGACACGCACACCUCGCGACGCGGUGGCAGAGAUCGAUGGCCAGGCAAGAUUUUUCUCUACCUUCGACGUGACAAAUGGUUAUUUUCAAAUUCCUCUUCAUCCGGAUAGCCAACACUUGACUACAUUCAUGACGCCCUGGGGGCGGUACAAGUUUUUACGCGCUCCAAUGGGCCUAUGCAGCUCUAGUGAUGAAUAUAAUAGACGCGCAGAUCUCGCCUUUGCACAGGUAACUAAUACGGUCCGCGUCGUCGACGAUAUUCUUCGAUUCGACUCCAAUUUUGCCGACCAUGUGAAAGGAGUGCGAGCGGUCUUGACCGCGGCAAGGAACGCAAACAUCACACUAAGUCCCAAGAAAUUUAAGUUUGCCCAACCGAAGGUACAAUGGGUGGGAUAUCAGAUCCAACACGGAGGUAUCGCCGUUGAUCCGGAAAAACUCAAAGCCAUCUCCAAAUUUCCUCGCCCAACGAACAUCACAGAACUCCGUUCCUUCAUGGGAUUAGUAGAACAACUCGCGGGAUUUUCUGUGGACGUAGCAACGGCCAAAGGACCGUUACGCCCCUUGCUGAGUUCGAAAAAUCUCUACGAAUGGACAACAGACCACGAAAACGCGUUCUCGGCAGUUAAAGCAGCAUUGAGCGCCCCGCCCGUCCUCGCCCAUUUCAACCCGGAGUUAGAAACGGCCCUUCAAGUCGACGCUUCACGUAAAAACGGAAUGGGUUACGCGCUGCUCCAACGUCACGACACUGUGUGGAAACUGGUCGACGCAAAUUCACGAGGUGUACCGAUACGGAGUCAAGAUACGCCAUCGUCGAACUCGAGCUGGCGGCAGUCGAAUGGGCAAUGA